AAAAACUCCAUAUCCCACGCUGCACCACUGCACCUGCUGCUGCCUAGACAGAGCCCGCUGACCAGGGAUGCCUUGUUGUAUGGGCUGCACUGGUGCCAUCUUAAGAUCCAUCUAACUAUCUGAGGGGACUUUUUGAGGCUAUUGCAAUUUAUUAUCCCAGAAGCACAGAACUCUGGCACCAGCGGUUCAUUCUUUUUCUUAAGUGUCUGUCUACGUCUGUCUCUCUCUGUCUCUGUCUCUCUCUCUCAAUCUUUCCCUCCCUCUCUCUCUCCCUCCCUCUUUCUGUCUUCUCUUCUUCUCCAGAGACCUUUGGCUGCUCACAGCAUACUACUACCUGCUAAGCCUCCACCCCACACUCACAGAGACACAAAGACAGAGGGAGUAAGGUCAAAUUUAUCCAACUUUCAGCCAUGUUUCCCUUUCGUCUGCCCCUUCUGGCGGCUCUGCUGGGUGUUGUGUUGAGCCAGUAUGACUACGGAUCAUACGACUACCCCGCAGAGGUCAGAGCCCCCACCCCUCGCUGCUCAGACGAGUGUGAGUGCCCCAUCAACUUCCCAACUGCCAUGUACUGCGACAACCGUGACCUGAAGGCCGUUCCUUUUGUGCCCACCGGCAUCAAGUACGUCUACUUGCAGAACAACCACAUCACCGAGAUAAAGGCAGGUGUGUUUGACAACGUCACGGACCUGCGAUGGCUCAUCCUGGAUCACAACAACCUCACCAACGCCAAAAUAGCGGCAGGCACCAUCGACAAGCUCACCAAGCUGGAGAAGCUGCAUAUCAACUUCAAUAAGCUCAGCGAGGCUGUGGCGCCUAAAUCCAGCGCCAUGGAAGAGAUCAAGCUGAUGGGCAACGAGAUCACCAAGUUCCCUGCUGGCCUGCUGUCUGGGAUGGACAACCUCACAGCUGUGCAUCUCUCGAAGAACCAGCUCACCUCGGAUGGCAUCACCGGUGCCUUCAAGGGCCUCAAGUCCCUGAUGCUGCUGGACGUCAGUGAGAACAAGCUGAAAAAACUGCCCGCUGGGAUGCCCGGCUCUCUCAUGAUGCUCUACGCUGACCACAAUGAAAUCGAGAGCAUAGCUGCUGGCUAUCUUCAGAAGCUCCCCACACUGCAAUACCUACGCAUGUCCCACAACAAGCUGCAGGACACAGGUGUCCCCGCUGGUGUUUUCAACGUGUCGUCCCUUGUCGAGCUUGACCUGUCCUACAACAAGCUAACCGCCAUUCCGGAAAUUGGCGAGAAUCUGGAACACUUGUACCUGCAGGUCAACGAAAUCGCCAAGUUUGACGUCUCAAGCUUCUGCAAGGUGGUGAGCCCCGUGAGCUACUCCAAAAUCAGGGACCUGCGUUUGGACGGCAACACCCUCACCCCCCAAAGCAUGCCCAUGGAAGCAGCUCAGUGCCUGCCCCUGGCGACAGAUAUAGAGAUCUAAAAUGGAGCCUCCCAUCCCCUGCCCACUCACACCCCUUAUACCUCCCAACUCCUUCCCCAUUUCCUGGUCUGUUUGCUAUUUCUUCAGUGAUCUCUUCUUCACAGUUACUGUUGAUUUAAAGCAUUGAUGUUAAUGACAGCCUUAGUGUGUCACAUAAGUUGAGGAGAACAGUCGUCCUAUGAGUAAAUUGACAGAUUUGUUCAUAGGUAACAGUGAUUUUUGAGGAACAGUUCAUAUAAAAUGUAAUUAACACUGAUUUUCUUCUUAUACAAUAUGUCCAGGUGAUUCUUCACAACACUUCCGAUGCAGAAGUAUUGUUUGCUAUACUGCUAACAAGUGGUGAAUGUGUAGUCUAUGUUAGUGUUAAACACAUGCCCUUUAUCUUACAUACAGAUAAAAAUGCUACAUAAACUGGUGUCUUCAGUUGCUUUGUAAUGUAGUUUCAGGAACAUUUUUUAAGUAUGAUUGAUAUAUUUUACAUGAUACCAUCUUAGGACUUUAACUGUUAGCAGUGUUAGCAUUCUAAAAUGAUGCUGUAUCUCUGCACAUAAACAACAAGUAGGAACUUGUCUUAAUGAAUUUCAAUUGAGUUAAAAGUGAAAGACAAACCAUACUGAAUAAAAAAAAAGAGUUAAGAAAUAAAUAAAGACGAUAAAAGAAUAAAUGUUGGGUCGCAAGCAACCCAUCCACAGGUGUGGUGUGAUAUACACCAAGAUAUGCUGUAGACAAGAUGCUGGUACAGGUGUACUUUAAACACUUUAAAACCUUUGAAUUACCUUUGCUUAAUUUCUUUAAGAGUCUAUACGGCUUGCUGUCAUGAAAUGUAAGUGUUCAAAACUGUAUGCAAGAACGGGCACUUACAAUAAGGCAUAAGGUAGGCAGCAGAUAGCUGUGGCUCUGGAUCUACUGCAAAUAUAUGCUGUAAUCACUACUAAUGAGAGUUUCAAUGAAGUGUCUCUGGAUAGACAGCCUCUGAAUCUCAUGCUAUUACGUAAUAGUGCCCUUGCAUCUUUCAAUGGUGACCAUGAAGGUGUUAUUUUUCUGUGUUUUUUUUUUUUUUUUUUUUCAUACACAUAUACUGAAAUGUCAUUGUUGCAAUGAUGCAAAAUCCUAUAAUUGAAUAUGUUUGAAUAUGUGGAAUUGUAAAAGUGAUUCAAUAAAACAGUUUUCCCUA